ACUCUAACCCCUCUAAUAAAGGUAGUAGCGAUAUAAUAUAUACAGUAAUUCUAGAGGUAUCUAGAGAGGAGUAUAGUUAG